UGUAGAGCAUUAUGGGUACCAAAAAUUGAUGGUUCCCACAUAUAGGCAUUUCUCCCUCACUUGUAAAAAAGCAUCGUUGUAAUAAUGUUCAAUGUGACCUCGCAUAUGUGAGGGUAAGUUUUUGUCCCCCGAACUUUAUUUCCAAUCUGUGGAACCGACGGGAGUUGUAAGGCUGUUGAACAGGGGCGGGAUCUAUAAAUACCUGCGUCUCAGAGGCGCAGUAGAUCUGGUGGAGAAUGUCAGCAAUGGCGAUCGGGGCAGUGUGGGCUGUGGCUGUGAUAUUGUUAGCACCAUUUUGCGUAGGAGAAAUAAGGGUUUCAGAGAUUCGAUUGGAUGCGCGGUCAAUCAUCCCGUUCGAUGAGUUCGGGUUUACGCACAGGGGGCACUUAGAAAUGACAGUAAGGGGUGCAUCGUACAAGGCCGUAAAGGAAAUCGAUCCGUCUCACAUGGGUUUCUUCCUGAGCACGCGGGAGGCUUGGAUCCAUGUCCUCCAUGAGCUCCAGCGCGGCGAGAUCCACUGCGUUCUCGAUAGUAAGCUCAUCAAGCCCGUUUUCACUUUCAAUAAACUCCAAAACAACGCUGCUAACAUUAGCUAUAAUGAUUUCGAAGCCAAUCAGUAUACCCUUGUCUUUGCCAAUUGCAUUCCGGAAACCCUCGUUUCUAUGGACGUGAGAACUGUGAUGUAUAAUAUAGAGGGUGGGACUGGGGCUAAGGAUUAUCUUUCAGCUGGUGAAACAGUGCUGCCCAGGCUUUAUUUUUGCCUGUUUUUGAUAUACUUGGUUCUAUCUGGGAUUUGGAUCUAUGUCGUGGUGAAACACCGCGCUACGGCCUACCAGAUCCAUGUCUUUAUGAUUGCACUGGUCUGCCUCAAAGCCCUAAAUUUAAUCUGUGAAGCAGAGGACAAGUCUUAUAUCAAGAGAACCGGGACUGCACAUGGAUGGGAUGUGUUGUUUUAUAUCUUCAGCUUCCUCAAGGGAAUCAUGCUCUUUACUUUAAUUGUCCUGAUUGGUACGGGUUGGUCGUUUUUGAAACCCUAUCUUCAGGGGAAGGAGAAAAAGGUUUUGAUGGUUGUGAUUCCCUUGCAAGUUAUUGCUAAUAUCGCCACUGUUGUGAUCGAUGAGACUGGGCCGUAUGCAAAAGACUGGCUUGCCUGGAAGCAGAUGCUUUUGCUUGUGGACGUGAUCUGCUGCUGUGCUGUUCUCUUCCCGAUUGUCUGGUCUAUCAAGAAUCUGCGUGAGGCUGCUCACACAGAUGGUAAGGCCGCGGUUAAUCUGAUGAAAUUGACGCUUUUCAGGCAGUAUUAUAUUGUGGUGGUCGGCUAUAUCUAUUUUACCAGGGUUGUUGUGUAUGCUCUGGCUACCAUUACUGCUUACCAGUAUGCCUGGACUAGUAUAUUGGCUGGAGAAUUGGCAACACUUGGGUUUUAUGUGUUUACCGGUUACAAGUUCCAGCCUAUAAGACACAAUCCCUAUUUUGUCAUAGAUGAAGACGAGGAGGAGGCUGCCGCGCAGGCAUUGAAGAUGGAUGAUGACUUUGAGUUAUAAGAUGGUGGUUUUUUGAACAAUCCUUUUGCAGAUCUGGAUGAAGAUGCUCAGUAGUUGGAACUUGGAAUUAUUCUAAUUGGCCCCUUAAAGGACCUUGGAAUUGAGGUAUUGCAGAGGGGUUAACAGUGAUGUGUUAAUCUGCUACAAGUUUACGUUUUGUUUAUGGAUCAUUAUGUAGUAGGAUUUUUCUUUUUUGUCACUUAUGUAUGGUAGAUAUUGAUUUCGAAUUUUCGAUAUUUGAAAGUAGAGGCCAAAGACAGUGAACUGUGGAAUGUGGCCUCUAAGCUUGUGGUGAUGUUCUCUGAACUUGGAUAGUUAACUUGUAUUAAAUUUAAAGGAUUAGUAACAUAUAUAAAAUAAAUUCUUUGAAACUCCA